AUGACCCUGGAGAGUCCAACUAGAAUUAAUAACUUCUUUGCUGUCCUGGAGAAUCCCAGCUUCUCCCAGCUCGGCGUGCUUUGGAGAAAGAUACGUUCGGCCAUAAAAUUUAUUCCCAUCCAUUCCCUUGUGCUGAUCUACCGGACGCUCAGUGCUGCAGAUGUAACUUUCCACCUCUACCUGAUACCCAACGACCACUCACUGAGGAAGGCCAUUGAAAAAGAAGAAAUGAAGUGGAAGUCAAAGCACGUGCCCAAGCCUCCUCAGACUGACCCUCUGUACUUUGGGUCUCGGUACCAGGUGUCCGGUCCAUCAGAUCUUGAGAUAACCCCGACACAACUGCACUUCUGCUAUCGGAGCCCAGUGGAGCAGCAGUCGUAUAUUGAGAUCUACACCAGGGAGAUGGAGAAGGAAAUCAGGCUCCAUGUGAAUGGUCAAGAUGAUGGCAGCUUGGUCUGGGAGGCCUUGGUGAGGCCAGGGGAUGUUAGUCUUUCUGCUUUGACGCUCACAGGUGCAGCCUUCGUGGUGAAGCACCGGAGGCAGCUCCGUGAUCGAAUGGGACAGAUCCAGCCUGUGCUGGUGUGCUUACGGGAGGCCCAGCUACUUAGCAGUGAAGAAGAGGAAGAGGUGAGAAGUGAACGGACAAGUCGAAUGAGGCACGAGGCCUUACUGCAGCUGGUUGAGAGGAAGGGAGCUCAAACCCAAGAAGACCUCUACCAGACUCUCAGAGAGACGGACCCUUACCUUGUACAGGACUUGGAGCAAUCCAGCUAG